GGAGGUUUGGCAUCUCACCAGGCGCAACUGUCAGGAGUCCCAGCGGCACACCAGGAGGAGGUAAACACUCCCGUAGAAAAGGUUAGAGCCCUGACUGCUGAUAAUGUCAAACGCUGCGCUCAUUCAACGCAUCCGUAGAACUCCUCAGGCCCCUGCGCCGAUAUUAGCAUGUUCGAAACUGGCUCUCUGCAUCAUGCCCAUUGCUCAAAUUGCAAUUGGUGCAGUAUACCUGGAUGACUGUCCACGGCAGCCCUACAUUCCCAUCUAUUUGAUAGUGGUGGGAGUAUUUGGCAUUAUCCUGGCGGUGCUCUCCUGCCUGCCUUGUGCCCAGGAGCCUGAAGAUGGCACCUCCAACCCCCUCAGCCGACUCUGCACAAUCUGGAACUCGCUAACUACUUUCUUCCUCUUCUGUUGGUUCAUUGCUGGAAAUGUGUGGAUCUACUCUAUUUACAAGCCCAACUACGACAAGAGCAAAACAAGUGAGGAUCCCUACUGCAACAAGAUACUCUACCUGUUCGCUUUCUGGACCACCACAUCAGUCUACAUCCUCUUGUGUUUGUUCCUGUUUUGCGGCUGCUGCGCCCUUGUCUGCUUCUACAUUUUUCGCCGUGCAGACCCCGACGAUGACAUCUAGAGACAAUUAACAUAGUAAGGGGGCAGGAUGGGGCUGCACACAAUGAUCUGGCCAAUGAAGCUGUGGCAUGCGUACCAAGUUGCACACAUUCGGCUUAUGAUCGGUUGAAUUGGAGUAUCAGGAUAUCUCGGUAUCCGUAAGGAUUACUUACGUUCACUUUAACAUCAACAGUGCAACAGUGUGCUUUGCUCUCCAAAUGCUUAGCACAUACCAUAUUGCAGCACAGUUGAAGUACUAAUACAAAGCACAGUAAGAGUGCACUUUACCUACUGAAUGAGCCCUUUGCUGUUUCUAGGUAAUGUUAGUAGUUCAUAAAUUGAAGUACAAAUCUAAAUGGUCUCAUUUUAACACCUAUCAUGCAUUGUAGUGGUGCUUCUAGUUUCACAGCCUUCUUAUUGGCAACCUCAAUAGAUACAUACGUAACUACGUAACAUACGUAAAUGAUUUAGAUAAGUGUUUUUCAUUGCUUAGGAUUUUCUACCUCUGCAGAUGCUGUGGUGCAUCUUGUUGGUCGGUAAUUACUGGUGCCUUUCCAAAAGAUAUAUAUGUAUAUGUAUGUUCACAUGUUGAAUUUAAUGAUUUACAGAUGGAGGAUGAAAUAAUAAGUAUGUGUACUAUGCAAAUUAAUUUUCCCUAAUUUUGUAUUUUUUCAUUCAGAUGUAUGUUUGUAUAUAUUUGUUUCAAUAGUCAUUUAACUAAUCAACUUCAACAUUGUAAGACAGUAAUGCAUUGGACUUCUUAAACGUAUGUUAAAUACUUAUGAUACAUAAAGCAGUAGUUGUUCUAUGAGAAAACCAACUUUCUGAUCAUUCCCUUUUUUCCAUUGUGUAUGGCUUAAUCACAACGUAUACUAAACUUUGUUGUUUGCAGAUCAAACUGCUGAAGUUAUACA